AUGGAUAGCUUGAGAGGCCGAUUGUUGGCAGUCGUACAACGAGACUUCAUGGAAUUAAUGGACGAAGACUCUCUGGAAUUUGUUCAGGUCUGUGCUCUGCUUGGAUCUUUGUACUUGUAUCACGUUCGGCCCAGAUCGUCUUUUUCUAUUCUCGGUGCUGCUACGAAAACAUCUCAAGCCAUGGACCUGCAUCGCGACACAAGCUCGAAAAGGUCUUAUGAGGAUGCUGAAGAAAGAAAACGCGUUUGGUGGACCAUAUACACAUGGGAUAGAUUUGCUACUAUCACCUAUGGAAGGCCUCUGGGCAUCAAUGCCAAAGACUGCAAUGUAACAAUGCCAUCUGAAAUACUCGAGAAUAUUCAUUUCGAUCCAGCCUUCCCUCCGGCGCUGGUGUGUCUUUCCUCAUAUCAGUACUAUCUGAACCAUGUUUACAGGAUUGCCUCACCACUACUGGAAGACAUCUAUGGCAUGCGCACCUCAAACAAUCUAGAUUCGUCCUCAGAGCUUCCCCAAAAAGUGUCUGUAGCAAACAGAGAACUUUUAGAGUGGAAUCAGGAUCUCCCGCCUCAUCUCUCAUUUGACCACCUCAACGAUCUGACAGCUCAAUCUUCACCCGAGGAGAAAAUGCACGCCCUUCAAGCGCUCUCGCUACAAUUGACAUAUGACAACCUUGUCAUUGUUAUACAUGAGCCGUUGCUUGCUGGACAAGGGCAAUCCGAGCAUAUGGCAGAUGGACAGGGAACAUCUCCAGGCUCCCAAUUCUCGGACGAUGUGCGAGAGGUUGGCUUCAAAAAGUGUCUCGGUUCUGCUUUACGUAUCUCAAAUCUUCAGCGGAAGCAGAACCUGUUCUACCUUGCUCGUUCAAGUCACCUGGUUUCUUUCCUGGGAAUGAAUCUCUUUACUGCCUCAGUUGUUCUCUUCAUCUGCGCACUAUCCGACACAUUGUCCGACACGGCACAAGAGGCCAAGCGGGGCCUGAAACGAACACUCCAGAUGCAAAAGAUACUGUCGAAUCACGCAUCGCUAUCACUGCAAUAUAGUAUGGUGUUGGAAGAUUUGGUACAGCUCAUUUUGAAACGAGAGAUGGAAGAAAUGUUGCGCGACGACUCAGCAGGCGUGGAUGGCAAUCUAGAAGCAGGAUCCUAUCAGCUGGGUAAUAGAAUGGAUGGAGUCCAAAAUGGAGCUGCUGGUGCUUCUGGCGGUCACAAUCCAGAUGGUUCUCACUUUACACAAAGUCUCCUGACUCUUCAGAGAGGUUUUCAGGACAGCAGUGCCAUGCGUCAUCCACUCGAUGAGAUGGCAGCCAACCAGGAUUAUAUGAGCUAUAUGCCUCAACAUAACGGCCAAGAAGCGGCCGGCGAGCUAGCAAACACACAUGAUAUGGGACUAAAUGAUAACAUGUUCACGAGAGUCGAGGAUCUAGGACAAUUCUGGCUAUGGGAUGCUGGAAAUUUCAAUUUCUGA